AUGCAGAUACACGAGCAAAACCCAGGCAGGCUUCGUCCAGCAAUAACCGCGUUCUCUGAUAUUGUAGUCCGAAAAGGUUUCGGCGACAUUGUCGCCAUUGUCGCUGAAAAGAAGGCCGUGGAAGCUGGUGGUCCGAAACGCGAAGUCACGUUUCAAGCAAAAGUGCAGCACAUUGAUGAGCUGGGCCGCAAAAGCUGUAACGGCUGUGGUGGUAUCCAGGUUGAGGUAGAUGUUGGAGAGAGCACGUGCCGACGCGAAACCGCAGUGUACCAAUGUUACGCGAGGGGCUUUGGGGCGAGAGAGUCUGAUCUCAGUGAGUCCUUCUACAUUAGCUGCGAAUCCUAUUGA